CUUAGAUCGCGGCGUCGCAUCUCUGCGUGCUAGCUCUCUGUAGCUGCAGCGCCGCUCGUUGCACCUCUACGCCAAUCGCCGCGUCGCUGCUGCACCUCAGUUGGAGCAACCGCUGCACUAUACUCCUUGCACAGUCAUGAUGCGUGCCCUACUACUCUGCGCAGCGCUCACGCAUGCGCUGGUGCCCACGCUGCCGACGCCGCAGCGAACGCGCCCGGGCGCAGCACUCACGAUGAUGGCGGAGAACAAAAAAGAUGUUGCGGUCGUCAUUUUGGCGGGCGGCACCGGCAGCCGCAUGAAGGCGGACCGGCCGAAGCAGUUCUUACCUUUAAGAGGGAAGAUGAUCAUCAAAUAUUCUUUAGAUUUGUUUUUGAACGACAUCGAGGGCAUCUGCAAGGUCGUCGUCGUGCUCGCGGAGCAGUACCGGCAAGAUUUCAAGGAGUACGCCGAUCGCGUGACCUUCGCGGACCCGGGUGCCGAGCGGCAGGACUCCGUGAAGAGCGGUUUAGAUUCUUGCCCCGACGAUGCUGCAUUAGUGGCAAUUCACGACGCCGCGCGACCGCUCGUCACGCCGGAUGAGAUUUAUAGUGUGUUCGGCGACGCGCGGGAGCACGGCGCCGCCGUAUUGGGCGUCCCGGUAAAGGCGACGGUCAAGGAAAGUGGCGACGGCAAAUUUGUGUUGAGGACGGUCGACCGGUCGCGGCUCUGGGAGGUCCACACCCCGCAGGUCAUCGAGCCCGCUUUACUGAAAAGGGGCUUCGCGAAGGUCGACUCGGAAAAGCUCGAGAUCACGGACGACGUCAGCGUCGUGGAGCAGCUCGGCGCCCCCGUGCGGCUGACGCUCGGCGAGUACACGAACCUGAAGGUGACGACGCCCGACGACAUGGUCGUUGCCGGGCAGAUCUUGGACCAAAGAAGCGGGAAGCGGGGCUGGCGGAAGCUGCUGUUCUGGAAGUAGAUCACUCCAAAUAACAUAUUAACAGUC